AGUUUCCUGCCUCCCCUCCGGAGCCCGCCGGAGAGCUCCGCGUGGGACAGGCAGGAACAGGGACGGGCGGGAGGCGGGCGGGGCCACCUGGGACUGCAGGUGAAGUCAGGAGGAGGAGGAGGAGGAGGAGGAGCGCCUUCCUCAGCCGGCUCUCUCCUCCUCCCCUCCCUUCUCCACCUCCUCUCCUCCCGCUGACUUCAUUCCCGGCAGACGCCGCUGCAGUUUCCACGCGGCGAGAUCCGGCAUCUCAGCAGCGCGCCUGGCCAGGCAGCCCAGCUGGCAGAGGAGAUCGGUCGGCCGGGAGGACGAGGAGAGCCCCGGGAACGUCCAGGGGGACUGGAGGGCAUCGGGCGACGGUCGCCCAGGAGGGGAGCGGCAGGCGACGAAGCCCCGUCCGGCACUUCAGACUGAAUUCCUCCACCUUUCGUCACCCGGCGCCUCUGGGCAUCUGGAAAGUGGAGGGUGGCGCGGAGGAGAGAGGGGACUGCCGAAAAGCUUCUGACGGAGGAGGAGGAGGAGGAGGAAGAUCGGCCCAGAUAGUCCUCAUUCGGGGAGAGAGAGAGACCUCCGGGGCCGUUGACAAGAGUUCUGGGAGAGGAAGUCCUGGAGACCCAUUUGGAGACUCCUGGAGACUUUGGGUUCCACAAGAUGAGAUGAGGAACCAGGCGAGGAGGAACUGGAGUGGAGGCCAGAAGCAUCCGAAACUUUGGGGAGGACUUCUCAAGAGCCUUUGGAGGAGCUGAAGGACUCCAUUCGUUGCUGCUAACUGUUCAACUCAGGGAUACCAACCACUACCUUAUUUCUUUGCCCAUCUGAGCUCCUGUUUAUUCUUGGUGGAGCAGAGGCUCCUCCUGGUUUCUGAGUCCAAACAUGGCUUUCUCCCAGGUUCAGUGUCUGGACAACAGCCACGUCAACUGGAGAUCCAGCGAGUCCAAGCCCGAAUUCUUCUACAGCGAGGAGCAGAGGUUGGCCUUAGAAGCCCUGGUAGCCAGAGGGCCGGAGGCCUUCUACGAAGUUCUCAAGAAGGAGAACAUCCGAGACUUCCUCUCCGAGCUGGAGCUCAGGAAAGUCCUGGAGAACUUGGAAACCUACGACCCUGGAGCGGAGCAUCCCCUCAAGGACAGGAGUGGCUGUGUGGACAGUGGCAGCCAGACCGAUGACGAAGGCCCGGGGCCUUCUUUGGAAUACUGGCCGGAAAGAUCUGACCGAUCCAUCCCGCAACUGGACCUUGGCUGGCCAGAAGCCAUUGCUUACCGUGGGGUGACCCGGGCAGCCGUCUACAUGCAGCCCCCCAUUGACUGCCAGCCCCAUAUCAAGGAGGUCGUGCGCAAGAUGAUCUUCCAGGCUCAGAAGGUGACGCGGGUGGUGAUGGACAUGUUCACGGACGUUGACAUCUUCAAGGACCUCCUGGACGCAGGCUUCAAGCGGAAAGUGGCCAUCUACAUCAUCAUAGACGAAUCCAACCUGAGAUAUUUCCAGAUGUGCGAGCGAGCCCAGAUGCACGCCGGCCACCUGAAGCAUCUCCGCAUCGGCACAAUGGGGGCACGGAGUUUUUACCCGCCCGCCAUGACGUUCAAAGGAGCCUUGGCUCAGAAGUUCAUGUUUGUGGAUGGGACCAAAGCCGUGUGUGCUCGUCAGGUAUUCACCUGGUCAGCCCGGACCGACCGGAACGUCAUUUCCGUGCUUUCGGGCCAGGUGGUUGAGGCCUUCGACAAGCAGUUCCAGGAGCUGUACCUGAUGUCCCGGAGCGUCAGCCUCAAGUCCAUCCCCAUGGGAGAGGAACCGGAAGCCGAGCCGGUCAUCCUGCCUUCCGUUGUCUCCCUGACACCAACCAACUCCGUGGUGAAGAAAAUGAUCAAUCCGAAAUAUGCUCUGGUCAAGGCCAAAAGCACCGAGCAGAGGCAGUCAGCAGCAAAGCCAGCAGUGAGAAGGCCCUGGCUGAACAACGUCCAGAAGCCCAAGUCAAGGUCAUCCCCGAGGACCGCGUGUCGAGAGGCCCAGCAACCUCGUGGAGAAGGUGCCGACCAUCCACCCGGGUCUCCUCAACCUGGAGAAGGCCACAUGUUCGAGUACCUGCCCACUUGGGUGGAGCCCGAUCCGGAACCCGGAAGCGAAGUUCUGGGCUACAUCACAUCAUUGACCCCAGGUGAAGAACAUCCACUUUCUCAGAUCAACCGCAUCAAGGUGUGCGAUGUCUCCAAGGCCAACGCCCACACAGGGUUGCUCUCAAGCAGCAAAAGGCCCUCGAGGCCAAGAACAGAGCUGCCCAGGAAGGGGCCACCGAGAAAGUGCCCCAGACUUCUCCCCCACCCCUGCUGGGAUUCUGCCCUUCUCCAUCCCACGACCAGCCGCCUCCUUCCAAUCCCUUGGCCACCAGCCCCAUGGAGAAGUCUCCCAGGCACCUGGUCACGGGGAGACGAUUGCCACUCUGGCCAACAACAAGCACUUGAAGCAAAUGCUGGACCCCCAAGGAGAAGGCGGAAGCGCAGGCUGCCCCAGUGCCCAAGCCGAGGAGGGCCCACGCAAAGGACCCCGUCUCCAAGAAAGCAGGACCCGCAGAGGAGAGAACGGGGAGGCCGGAAGGCCCCGUGAUACACCAGCCAGGGACCACCCCUGCACACCCAUCCGCCAAAGAAGGGACCCCACAGAUUGCCCACGCAGGGAACCACCUCAAGGUGAGCACGGAAACGGCUGGACGGAGGAAGGAAACGUCUUCCCCAUGAACGGGGUGCAGAGUGGUGAGGGGGAGGCGGAAGAGGACGAGGAGAAGACUACGAGACCCCCAGGGACCACGGAAGCCGCUCCGGCAGCUCCCCUGCCCAUAGCUGCGACCUCUCCAAACGCGUCCUCCGUCCACUGUGACAAACACGGGGGGCGGCCCAGAU